UGGUGUUAUAGGCUUGUUACAGUGUAAUGUUACAGUGUAUUUUCCAAGGACUGCUCGCUACAUGAGUUGCUGGUUACCCUUCGAGGAUAUGUUUGAUUCCACAGAAUUUAUUUUUUUGAAACUCAGACUAGGCCCUAAAUGUGUUUUUGCAGAGUGGAAAAGUCAGAGUAGAUAGAUCAUGUAAUGGGGGAGUGUGAUUUAGCGUGUCCGAAAUGGGCUUCCAGAGCUUACGGCUAGGUCUAGGUCUGUUAAUGUCAUGGUGUCUCAAAGUCCUUGACCUACAUGUAGCUGUAGACAACAGGUUCUGACACAGCCUUGCAAGACACUGUGUAUGCCUAGUGCCGGAGUGUGGAGUGAGCGUGUAAACCAUGAUCAGUUAUUAAACAUGGUGUAGUGGUGAUGGGCAUUCUACAGCUAGGGCCCAAGUUCAACCAUACCAUGGUUCAACCAUGGGCUAAAGGGUGAUUCUUUUGUUCUAGUUUAUUAUGUAAUUCUGGUAAUGACACCAAGGAUUCCUCAAAAGUGCCAUUGGCACUGUAGCUCGCAAGCCUGAAGAAACCUGUAGAGAGGAGACAGAAUUUCAGAAACAGUUACAGUUUUAGAGGUGGAAGGAAUAUCUACAGUCUUAAGUAGGCUUACCUGUUUGAUCAGUUCCUUCAAGGAAAGAAAAAUUUCUCAUUCCAGGUUUUCUUCCACACUUUUUUAAAGUUUCGUUUUCCUUUGAGUUUUUAAAAUUGGAAAAUUUAACUUUUUAAGGCUGAUUUAACAUGGUUUAAAAAAUCAUUUUUGCAUCUUUUACACUGUCAUUGACGAGAUAUUUCUGAAACUCAGAUGGAUCAAUGGACUCUUGCUGAAACUUUUGUGUCUAAGGUAAUGUGCUUAAAAACUGCUUAACCUAGCCUGAAAAGUGCGUUCCAGUAAUGAGUAAGCCUAUUUCCUGGAGAAUUGAUCUAGCUGAAGAGCCACCUACAUCAUGUGUUGCUUGAUGAUGUCCUGAAAGGGAACUUUCCCUUUGUUUCAGAAAGUAGUGUGUCGCGAUUGGCUGGUUAAAGAUUUGGAGCUUAUGAAUGAUGUCAGAGGAUGUUAUGGAUGCCGAUGACUUUGCACUAGGUCUGCGCACCAGUCUUCACCGGGCAGCCUUUGAGGGUCAUGUGAUGCAGUUACGUCAGCUGAUCGAGCAAGGCGCAAUCGUGAACUGCCCCACGAUUGACGGGGUGACGCCGCUCCAUGAAGCUUGCAGCCAGGGUCACAUGGCAUGCGUAGUGAUGCUUCUAGAGGCUGGAGCUCAGGUGAACGCCAUGAAUGUUGACAGUUCAACCCCUCUGUGCGAUGCAGCAAGUUUCGGCAAUGUGGACUGUGUGCGUCUGCUACUCAGGUCGGGAGCAGUGACCAACCCGCCCACUAUGUUCACCACACCCCUUCAUGAGGCUGCCUUAAGAGGUCAUGUUACAUGUCUUAAGGAGCUGGUCUCCGCGGGAGGCAAUGUUGAUGCAACGGAUGGCCACUUUGGGACCCCCCUGCAUGCGGCCUGCCACCAAGGCCGUGUUCAAUGUGCCAAGGUGCUCCUCAAAGCAGGAGCAAACGUUAAUGCCCUGAAAAUCCAUGAGACUCCCCUGCACGUAGCCGCCUCAACUGGCAACCUUGAGCUGACGCAGCUACUCCUGGACUUUGGUGCCGAUGUCAACUAUUGGGACAACCGUGGCAGGCGUCCCACUGACAGGGCUGUCAAGGGUGGCGUAGUCGCGGACGUGCUUCAGCAUCAUGCAGAGAACGUGGCACCCCUCACCCAGCUGUGCAGACUGGUCAUCGUUAAGUCGCUCAGAGGGAAACUCUUAGGUUCUGUUCACACUCUCGGAUUACCCAAAUCAGUUCAAGAAUACCUUUGUUUCAGCAGCAGGUGACAAAGAACAGGUAGGCAACCUUACAACCAGCGGUUUUUAUGCUCUCAGAAAUUUGUUUUUUAGUAUCCAGAAUGGGUUAGAUCUUUGAGAGCAGUGAGAUUUAUGUUUGAUUCAUGAGUAGCAGACUCCUGUCUUGUAUUCAUGAGUUACGGAGGGUAAAGUGUGUCUUCUGUAGUUGUACUAAACAUCAAACGGUGUCACCACUGCCAGACUGAAAUCGUGAUACUCAAGGAUGUCGUUUAGAGCUCGUGAUUAUCAGUAUUUGAUACAAUGUGGUUGGCCUGUUAGUCUACUUUGUGUCAUUUUAUGUACCUUUUUGCCCAGUGACAUGUUGGGGAACUUUGGUAUAGAGUACUGAGGUGACGUCGUGCACAUUUAUAUAUGUAAAAGGCAUCAGCGUGAAACCAGUGUGUGAACCAACAAGCGCGUACUCUGUUUGUUUGCACUGCACUUUUCUGGUUCAAAAUGACGUCACACUUUGGUGCUCUGUGCCAGCUGGUACGGCCAAGACAAUGGAAACCACUCUCGAUUUCAGUUGCAGAUUGGUGAAGGUAUCCAUAUGAACUGAAAUCUUUAAAUCAAUUUGCACUUUUGUUCCUGUCUCACAAAGCUACAUGUUAAACUGUAAAUAUUGAACAUACGUUAUUCGUUUGCUUUGUUAAUUCAAUACUUUUGACCCAAUUUUGCUGAAGAAAAAAAAAAUCUGUAACUUUUCUCCUCUGGUUUAUUCAGAACAACUGUACAUUUUUGUUGUGAUUUGUUACACUUCCAGGUCAUAUAUUAUUUUUCUCAAACAGCUCUUAACCAGAGGCCAAUAGAGUCAUGCACAGUAAACUGUGUGCCGUGUAUCUUAAUCAGCUUACCUUAUACCUUAUCGAUGAAACGUAAAAAGAAUUGACAUCAGAUGCGUUGAUCGUUUACAGUAAAUCAGUUAUCAAAAUCAAUGAUCAUAUCAAAUAUCUACUAUUUUAUCAUCGCCAAAGUGUGUACAAAGAUAAUAUUAAUACCAUGACAAGAAUAAAGCUCAAAGCUCCAUUUUGGAAAGUUUAAAUAUUAAACAUGCUGUUUUUAAAGCAACUAUGAAUUUCACUGAAUUAUUUCAUCACUAUUAACUGCUACAAUAAAAAUACAGUUAUAAAUGUGAAAUUUA